AUGAUGAUAGAGUACAAGAUUGUUUCUCAAUUCACUGAGGACACUUAUGCCAAAGAGGACCACAUCUGUAACCAUCCUGUUUGUAGGGCCAAGAUCAGGAAAGGUAUGCCAUAUUUCUAUGUGGCUACCAUUGAGCCAGGACAACCUGAGUGUAAUCUGUGUGUAUCCUACCAUGCACAUUACAAGAAGAACCCAGUGACCUUAGUAAGGCCCAUCCACCAAGCUGAGAAGCCAUGUCCAUUUGCCAGUGCACAGGGUUCAAUUAACAACCACAUUCCUGACUUGUGUGCAAUUCAACAGCUGGUGAAUACAGCAAAACAGAAAUGUUCAUCACAAUCAGCUAGUCCAAUUGGGUACUUGUCUCAACAUGGGCUAUAUGCUAUUGAGUGCAAACACCAGGCCAAGAUGGCUUAUGCCACAGGCUUGCCUCCAGUGGAGACCAUCCUAAUCAAGAUUAGUGCAGUUCAUGAAGGUGGAGGUCACAAGAAGCACGGAGUUUCCAUUGGGGUAUAUAUGCAUCAUAACCUUCUUGAAACAUGGUAG